UGGUUGCACGGCUUCUUUUUGGACUUGUGCAGGAAUGAAGCAACUUGUGCCUGAUCCUUCAGGGAAUCAUGUGGACCAGCAUUCGGUUGCAACAACUAUGACUACUAAAGAUCUUACUAGCCUUCCAAGGCUCAAUCAGCUGGUGUGUACAAUGCAGUACUAAUUGUACCAUCCUUCAACCCUGAAAAGCAUGCUUUUGCCCCCAAAACCUUUUUGCAGAAUGCUGCUGCUCAUUGUUCAUGCUUUUCUUACCUGUAGCUAGGUACCUCGUAGAAUAGCAGUAUCUAUUGAAAAUUAAUAAAAUUCCCUGUAUCGAUUUUUUUUUGAAAAUGCAAAAGCAUAUCAGAUUGACACCACACGUAUAUUAUCGCUCAUCAGCCAUGCAUUUCUCAUACCCCACCUGGAUAGGACAAGAUACUCCAUAAAGCAAACGUGACCACAGGAUGCCACCUAACCCUUUUUUGGUAUUUUGAACCACUCAUUUCUUCCUAUGCCGAAAGAAGACCUGCAAAACGGCCUAUUACUUAGCACCAGUGGGAUCAUUUUAAGAUUCAGCACGAAACAAAACUUAAGCGAGAAUGUGUUGAUUCGUGAUAUGCAAUUUACCUCUAGGUACUUGCAUCAGAUUAAAUAAUCAUAGUGCUUCCAAACAAAUGCAAUAGUGAUGAUCUGCCCUACUCAUUUUGGGAGGAAAAAUAUAAAAAGGAAGGCAAAUAAAAGGCAAGUUUCGUUUUUCAGCACCGUACCCUUUAAAGAAAUUCACACUGCACCUAUGUGGAGAAGAGACGCAUUCCGACAUCACUUAAUUAUUCGUAUUGAUGCACAGUUAGAUCACAAAAGAGGGGAGCCAAGCUAUGCACCACACUUCUCUGAGAAAAGAAUGAAGACACAAGCCACUCCCAAGAUGAUGGUGCUCCAUGCUCCGGUUGGAGUAAGGAGCAUCGUGAGCUUCCUAGUGGCCUUCUUCAUCGUCGCCAGCUCCAUCGUCUUCCUCUUCGACAGAGGCCAGGAAGCGCAGGUGCAAAUGGCGGUCGAGCAUGGACGCCAAGAACCAUGGGUUGGAGGGACAACUGAGGCCGGGGACACCAGCAAGGAGGAGUGCAACUGGUCGAGGGGGCAGUGGGUUUACGAUAAUGUGUCCCGGCCAUUAUACUCCGGGCUCAAGUGCACCUUCAUCUUCCCUGAGGUGGCUUGUGACAAAUAUGGCAGGAAGGAUGUCAUGUACCAGCACUGGAGAUGGCAGCCUCAUGGAUGCGACCUUCCAAGAUUCGAUGCCAUCAAGCUGCUUGAAAUGCUGAGGAACAAGAGAUUAGUGUUUGUGGGUGACUCGGUGAACAGGAACCAAUGGGUUUCCCUGGUAUGCAUGGUGGAGGCCUCAAUACCUGAUGACAGGCUCAAGACGCGCAUCUUCAAUGGCUCGCUCAUCUCCUUCAAGGCAUUGGAAUACAAUGCAACGAUAGAUUUCUACUGGUCACCGCUGCUGUUGGAGUCCAACAGCGACAACCCCAUUAUCCACCGGGUGGACUACCGGAUGAUAAGGGCUGACAGAAUCGAGAAGCAUGCCAGUGUCUGGAGGGAUGCUGACAUCAUUGUCUUCAAUUCUUACCUGUGGUGGAGGAAGCAGAAUGAUGACAUGAGGAUGAAGGUCAUGUAUGGUUCAUUUGAAGAUGGUGAUGCCAGGUUAGAUGAAAUGGAAAUGAUGGAUGGAUUCGAGGUAGCUCUUAAGAAACUAACGGAAUGGCUCGGUGAGAAUAUUGACAAGAAAAAGACUAGAAUCUUUUUCGCGGGAUCAUCACCAACACAUUUCUGGGCUAGCAAGUGGGGUGGGGAAGAUAGCAACAAGUGUCUGAAUGAAACAGAACCCAUCUACAAAGUGGGAUACAAAUCCGCAGAUUACAGCUUGAUGGCCAUGGCGAAGUCGUAUUUUGAAACAUUAUUAGAGCCAAAAGGUAUACAUGUUGAGAUACUGAACAUCACAGAGCUAUCUGACUACCGCAAGGACGGGCAUCCGACGGUAUUCAGGAAACAGUAUGUUCCUCUGACGAAAGAGCAAAUUGCGAAGCCAGCCAGCUAUGCGGAUUGCACGCAUUGGUGCCUCCCCGGCGUUCCUGAUGUCUGGAACGAAUUUUUAUACGCCAACCUCAUCAUGUACAGAUGAUCGAUGCACCCCUAAUAUAUAAGAUAAUGUACAAAUGACAUACUGCAUCUAGAUUGAGCAGUUUCUGAACAAGUUGUCGACAGGCACAUCGUCUGUUACUGAAAGAAUAGCGCCACCGGUUAAAUUCUGGAAU